AUGAGAACAGAACGCCCUUUGACUGGACUGGAAGCUCUGUUUGCUUCUUGCAAUGUUCGAUUUGCACUGAUGGUGGACUUGGGAGUGACUGUCGAGCAAGAGCAAGUCUUGAAAUCAGCAAUGGCUGCCUGUCAAUCCUGCCGAUUGGGACACUUGGCACUGGCAGAGACUGGUACUGGUGAAUGGUCGCUGGUGACGGAUACCGAUAAUACUGCAACGGCCACUGUCCUGGUCAAGGAAGGUGUCUUGUUGGAAGAUGAUGAGGAUGUUAGUAUAUUGCUCGACAAACUCGUGUUCCAGGAAACGCUGCCAGCCCAAGGUCCCAUUUCCAUCCAGUUGAUUCCAUAUCAACCCAAGGCUGGUGGCUCCACUGGCCUGGUGCUCUAUGUGAAUGCAAAUCACGCCAUUUGCGAUGGUCGAUCCUUAACCAACUUGGUAACACAAUCUACCAUGAGCACGGAGAAAUCUUUGGAAGCGGCACAGGACUGGAAAGAUAUCCAACUACCGGAUUUGAAGGAAAUGCUUCAAGCCACCAAGAUGGAUACCUGGCAGGAAGAUCCACCCUUUUUACUGGGGCCCAACAACAAUACAAUCACCAUCCAAGAACUCUGUUCUUCCGAGAAGACAUCCAAAGGCGACGAGAGUUUUCGAUACCAAAUAUCGGUCGAGAUCGUAACAAAGCUGCGACAAGUUCUCAAGCAGAAAGCAGAAGGGGCUACGUUGAGUGGAUUGUUUGUGGCAGUCAUCAUGCAGAGUCUUGCCAUGGAAUACCGUACGAUCAAGGGAAAUUCCAGCCCAAACAGAGACAUUGGAGUCUCCAUGCUGGUGGAUCUUCGACCCUAUCUGCAGCGCCCAGUCGAAAAGGUCGAACAAAUCAAUGCGGCGCAUGGUCAUGUGACUCUCAUUGACUCGACAGACAAUAUAUUCAUCAACAACCGGGACAACACUACUAGCAGUAGUAUUUGGGAGAGGUCCAUUGGCAUGACACGACAACUCCGUGCUCGGAUUCAACGCGGUGAAGCCCAUCGAGCGGCACUGGCAUUCGCACAAGGUCAGUUUGACAGGGCAGGACCACCGGCAACUGUGGAAUUGAGUAAUCUGGGAGUCUGCCAAAUACCCGACAAUACCAAGCUCUAUACUGCCCAACGAUUUGAUGGAUACGAUGGUGUCAGCUGUUUGAUUCAUUCGGAGCCAACAUGCUUGCGAUGGAAUGCAUCUGUGGGCGGAGGCCUCGACGCCAAGCUUGUAGAACGAGUCUUUUCCCGUGCCGUGGAGUUGUGCCAAACGAUUGCACAUGACUAG